AUGAAGGUCACACGUUCGAGUGCAGCGAUGCUGCUGCUUAAUGGCGCUGUUUCUGUUGCCCAAUCAAUAAACGAUACUUCCGGUGUCACGUGUCCUUCCACCUCCAAGUUCACGCCGCUCUCCGCCGGAACAUUUUUCGCAAAACUGAACCCAGGCUGGAAUGUCGGCAAUACUUUGGAUGCUGUGGAAACAGAAGGUGACUGGAAUAACAAACCCGUUGUAGCUAGCACUUUCGACGAUGUGAAGAAGGCUGGCUUUAAAAGUGUGAGAAUUCCGGUCACGUGGGCCUACCAUUUCACAUCGCAAGCUCCGGACUGGACAGUCGACCCAGUAUGGCUUCAAAGAGUCUCGGAUGUCAUUGAUAUGGUGACUUCACGCGGCCUUUAUGCCAUAGUAAAUGUCCACCACGACUCCUGGACUUGGGCAGACUUGACCUCAGCGAGCACUAAUGUGACAGCCUUAGAGGAACGCUUCAGUAAACUCUGGCUGCAGAUUGGGACCAAGCUUGCCUGCAAGAGCGAAAUGUUGGCCUUCGAACCAAUUAAUGAGAUCCCGGGGACUACACCUGAACAUGGAGCUAUUGUCAAUCGCCUCAAUGAUAUCUUCUUGCAGAAGAUCAACGAGGCGGGGGGGCAUAAUUCGAAGAGAGUGGUUACGUUGGUUGGAGCGGGUGAGGAUGGAGUAAAGACGAGUCUUUGGUUUAAGAAACCGGAUCUCAAGUUCAAGAAUCCCUGGGGCAUUCAGUUCCAUUACUACAGCCCCUACGAUUACGUCUUCCAGGCAUGGGGAAAGACGACAUGGGGCUCCGAAGCCGACAAGGCCUCUCUGGAAGGUGAUCUCGCUGCGGUACGGUCAAACUUCACCGAUGUCCCAAUCGUCAUCGGGGAGUGGGCCGUAUCACCUGUAGCUACAGAGACAGCAGCAAGAUGGCGUUACUUUGAUUUUUUCGUGCGCACCGCCGCAAAGUACAAUAUGUCGACCAUUCUGUGGGACAAUGGCGCCGAUUUUCUCAAUCGCGCAACGCACCUCUGGAGGGAUGAAGUGGCGAUGGAUAUCUACCGCAAUGCGAUAAAAGGUAUCCCAAAUGCUUUGCCAGACAGUACUACAGACGGAGCUGUCACUACACAGCAAAGCUCUGCGUACAUCUACCACGCGAAGAACGAGACGACCAAGGACGUUACACUAAGCUUCAAUUUCAACGGUAACACACUGAGCAAGAUCAGCAAUGGCAGCAGACAACUUGCCAAAGGAAAGGACUACACCCUCUCAGGCCAGGACAUCACCUUCAAAGCCGGCUAUCUCAGCACCAUCAUUACGCCUUCUUCUCCAACGGGCAGUCUAACAAACCUCACUCUGACGUUCAACCGUGGUGCCGCUUUACAAGUAAACGUACUCCAGUACUCUACCCCUGUGCUAUCGAGCACCUCCGGUCCCCUGCCAGCCGCAGGCCAAGACUUACGCAUCCCCGUUUCAUGGGCUGGCAUCAACAGGCCGGCAGCUGUCAAGGCGCAAAAGUCAGAUGGCACAUACCUCGUCGAUGACUGGACCCAGUACCUCGGUCCUCUUCAGCAAGGCCGUAUGACCUAUGGCAAUCAGUGGGAUUGGGAUGCUAACAAUGUGAUUAUCAAAGCAGCGGCUGUUGAUGCGGUGAGGGCUGCCAACAAAGAUACAACACUAACAAUUGAGUUCUAUCCUAGGCAACCUGGGAACGACGCUGUUUAUACACUCAAGGUGUGA